AGGCGUUGCGCCGGUCGAGUGAUGUCGUGGCGUUUGUGGGGUGAGAGGCGCCCGGGGAGAUUUUCGACGGUCUCAGCCUCUGGUCGAGUGUCGAAGGAAGAGGCUUCAUCCGACGCCCCUCCCAGUGGGGGAGCUCACGGGCCGCAAGGAUGAGGCGGGCCGGGCUGAGUGAAGGAACGGCUACUGGCAAUUAUGGCUAUGCCAAUAGUGGGUACAGUGUAUAUGAGGAAGAAAAUGAAAAGUUAGCUGAAAGUUUGCGUUCAAAAGUCACUGCCAUAAAAUCACUUUCUAUUGAAAUUGGAACAGAAGUUAAACAGCAAAAUAAAAUGCUAGCUGAAAUGGAUGAUGAUUUUGAUUCAGCGGGUGGAUUUCUUGGUGCAACAAUGGGUAGACUAAAAACUCUUUCCAGAGGAAGCCAAACAAAACUUUUGUGCUACAUGAUUCUUUUUUCGUUGUUUGUCUUUUUUGUAAUUUACUGGAUUAUUAAAUUGAGGUGAUACAGAUUAUCUAUUAUGACAUUAUAAUUAGCAGUACCAGACUUGGAGAAAAGUCUUCCCGAAGAACAGGAAACUGUUUUCUGUAUAAACAUUAUUAGCACAUCUGGGACUGUUCUGUGGAUUUUUCAGUAUUUAUGAGGCUAGAAAACUUUCCGUUUAAAGAAACCCUUGUUUUUUAGGGUUAUGAAAUUGAAUUCUGCUCAGGUUUGAGUAUUCUAAACACAAAAAUAGCUACUAGGGUGGGGUGGGAGGCGAUGUCAUACUAUAUUUUAACAUUGCAGGGGGGAGGGUGGGGAGGGUUUCCUGUCCAAGAUAAAAAUUUCCACUUUGCAGCUAUAGAUGCUUUUUUUCUAUCAAAGUUACAGGCACAGUAAAAAAAAAAAUCUCAUUUUUAUUAUGCUACAUUUACAUUAUUUUUAAUUUUUAAAAGAUUAAAUCUGAGGUCAGCCAAAUUACUGUUGAUCCUCAAUGGGAAACUUAAACAUGUGCUUUUAACAUUCCCAGGGAAAUCAGUGAGACUUCUGCUGUUACUGCAGUUUGGUUGGCUUGUGCCCACAGCGGCUUGUUCAUUGUUGCAGCUAGGAUUUAUAUUAACCUAGAAUGGACAAAAACGGUUAAGAGGUAGAACUACUAAUACAUGAUUUCUUAUAUUGCGUGUGUCGGGGGGGGGGGCGGGGGGAGACACAACACGCACUCAGCCAAGUUUAGCAAAGAUUGUCAUGGAAAUGGGCUUUUGUCAGUGGUUCUUCUUGAGAUGAUGUGCUCAGUGUCAGCACAGAGAAGCUGGUUACUGUUUUGAUGGCACUAACAGGUAAUCUGGCUAUCCAUGAAUAUUUAUAGGUUGGAAAUAGCUGCCAAUUCUGACAUACAUUACUAUUUUUAUUUCAUUGGGAUUGCUGGAUCAUGGUGACUUUACAUUGAAUUAUUGGUUAAUAUAACUGAAAGCAUUUUUGAAAACAGGGACCUAUAAUGUUACAAAUUUCAUACUAAAGAAUAUUUUGUGAUGGCAGAAAAAAACCAAAAUGCCUUUUAUUGAGAAGCCCUACUGUACUGUGUUGGCCAUUUAUAUCCUAUUACGCCACACUGCCUGUCUUAUGCUGCAGGUAAUGAAACUAUUACACUGCUGUUAUAGUAUAAAACCAUGAAGAGUUAUUGUCACGCUUGGCCAACUUUUAAAGAUAUUGUUCAGUGGAACAUGCCAGGAUUUGUAGUUCUUAUCCUUUAUAGAAUAAAAACAUGUAUUAUUAA